AGGGCCUGACGUCGCUUUCACAAGCGCUUAAACACUCUCAAUACAGGUUCGAUGUGACAGAGCGGGACUUUACACCUGAAUUGAACCAACACCGCCAAACCAGCUGAGUCUGCUCCUUAUGACCGGAUCCUAAUGACCAGCUUCUAGCAAACAGCUGACAAGCUCCUAGCAACCAGACCCUAACGACCAGCUCCUGGCGACCAGACCCUAUAACCAGCUCCUACUGACCAGACCCUAACGACAAGCUCCUAGUGACCAGACCCUAGCAACCACAUCCACGCGAUCCAUCUCCUGGUGACCAACCUCACGUGCCAUAAUGAACGUGAGCAGGUGUCUGCUGUUGCAGGCAGAGGUUCAGGCGUUUAUUGAGCACUGCAUGCUGGCUGUGGGCACCAGACCCAGUCAUGCCCACAGCCUGGCAGAGGUGCUGGUGGAGGGAGACAUGCGCGGUCAUUACAGUCACGGACUCAACCGCCUGGAUUUGUAUGUAAAGGAGAUCCAUGCAGGAAUCUGUGCGCAGGAGGGGGAGCCUCUGCUGGAGAAAGAGUCGUUGGCCACGGCCCUGGUGAACGGAAGGAACCUCUUGGGUCCGGUGGUGGGAAAUUACUGCAUGAGUUUAGCUCUAAAGAAAGCGCGAGAAGCGGGCAUCGGCUGGGUGGUGGCCCACGGCUCCAAUCACUACGGCAUUGCUGCUUAUUAUUCCAUGCAAGCACUGAAAGAGAACAUGAUUGGAAUGUCCUUCACUAACACCUCUCCUCUAGUGGUUCCAACACGAGCUAAAGAGUGCACUGUGGGCACAAACCCCAUUAGUGUAGCAGCUCCUGCUAAGAAUGGAGACAGCUUUGUUUUGGACAUGGCAACCUCUGCAGCUGCCCUCGGAAAGGUGGAGCUUCACCACCGUAAUGGCAUCUCCAUCCCAGAGGGUUGGGGGUGUGACGCAGAGGGCCGUUUCAGUACUGACCCCAAGGCUGUGCUGAGUGGAGGAGGUCUGGUGCCGUUGGGAGGCAGCGAGAACACAGGUGGUCAUAAGGGCUACGGCCUGGGCCUGAUGGUGGAGGUAUUCUGUGGGAUGCUCUCUGGCUCCCAAUACAGUAAAAACGUCCGCACCUGGAGAAUGACUGACCGCAGAGCUGACUUGGGUCAGUGCUUUGUGGCCAUAAACCCAGAGAACUUUGCUCCUGGAUUCAAUGACAGAAUGGCAGAUCUGCUGUCCAUGCACAGAAACCUGGCACCAGCAGAGUCUGGGAUGCCUGUUUUGGCUCCAGGUGACCCAGAAAGGAAACACAUUCAGAUGUGCAGAGACCUGGGGGGCAUUCCAUACCACCUGAAAGUGGUCAACCACAUGAAUGAACUUGCCAGCACAUUAGGAGUGAGCCCCCUGCUGCCCACUCACAGACUCACUGAGUGAGACUGCGGCCUGUCUGCUCUAACCCACCUUCACUGAGUACAGCUAUGGACACCUCUGCUGCUCUGUGGUGCCCUUUAUUUGAAACAGCAGUUAUUAAAUGAAACAUUAUUAAUAAUUAAUAAAUUACUCAGUGCUGAGGACUGCAGCUUCACUUACAGACCUGCCAGCUGCAGACUGCUCAUAUCGGCCUGAUGAUUUAUCCUCUUAAAUGUGGAUAUGGGAAAGUGGAAAUGUUGAAAAAAGAUUUAACACUCAUGUAUUUUGCUUAAAGGGGAAUUCCAGCAAUUUCUUCUAAUUUUCUUCAUAAGUCAAUUGUUAAGAUGUAAACAAAGUCAUUCUGAGUGGUUUGAAACGCUCUGUUCUAGAGAAACUUAACAAGUCAGAAUUGUUUACAGUGGUGCUGAUAGGAACCAGACAUCUGAAGAGUUUUAUGCCUUUAAAAGCUACAUCAGAUGUCAUGAAAUGGUAAUGACUGCACUGCCAGAUGCCUGAGAUACUGUUUUAUGAUAGUUUUGAGAUACUUUAGGGCUACAAUGUACUUUUUAAAAUCCAUUAAUGGUGGAGUGCUACAUGUAGGGUAUUAUACGGCAAAGUAGUCCCUGAAGAUAACUUUUUUUUCAGAUUCACCACUGUUUUACUAUUCUCAACAUUACAAACAAAAACUCAGAAGAUAUGUGUAGAUUCACAGGUAGUUUUGGAUAGUAAAUAAAAUGGCUGAACUUGUGUUGUAGAAAUUGUGACAUGACCCCUGGUUCCUAUCACCACCACUGUAAAGAAAUUUGAGUCUGUAAGUUUCUCUGCAAUGAACCAUUUCACAUCAAACCACUCUGAAGGUCUGUUUACAUCUCACUGAUUGAAUUGUGCAUACAUUUUGAAAAAUCAGUGGAAUUCCCCUUUAAAUCUACACACAUCAGUAAUUAGUCUGCUUAAACAUCCUGUAAGCAAUCUCACCAAAAAAAAAAGAAAAAAGCACAGAUCCGAAUGUAAUUUUUUUUCUCAAUAUGUGAGAUAAACACUGUAUUACUGAAUAAAGUGAGUUUAAUUGUUUUUGCC